UUCCCCUACUUCUUCAGGGGGGCAACCUGUGGGGUCUGACACCUACAAAGGCUGGCUGUAUAAAUGGACUAACUACUUGAAGGGCUACCAACGCCGGUGGUUUGUCCUUAGCAACGGCCUUCUGUCAUAUUACAGGACUGCCGCUGACUGGAUGACGUUUGUUUGUCGCACACUGCCGUGCGUGAAAAGCACAGGAGCCCGGCUGUUUCUGAGAUACUGGAAUCAGCGCGUAUGGCACCGACAAUCAUACCACGCUCUGUCGCUUAGGUCACUCGUUUUGUCCAUUCUAGCCAUACUGUUCACAUUUUUGUGAACAGGAUGGUGUAACUAAUAAACUGACCAAUGAGUCUAUAUUCAUGGUUGCAUACAUGAUGACAUUUGCACAUUUCAUGUAGAUAAUUGUUAUAGAUGAAGCUGUGAAUAAUAUUUUAGGUGAGAUUCAUAUUGGAAGAGCUUUUCUUUUGUGGGUGGGGGGUUAUUUUACAGGAAUGACUGUCAGCGCGUACGACACUGCAUAUCUAUGUAGCAACCUACGAGACCCACCUAGGGCGUUACAUUUCUUUAUGAUGUAUAAGAUGUCUGACAUGUUUUAUCUGAUGCUUUUAGAACGUGUGGUCCUCUAAUUCAGUAACGACCUUCACAGUUGUUAGGCACAGUUCCCUAAAACCAGUUAAGAGGGAUGUCAGCCAGACUGUUAGGCACUCAUUGUGAGGUAUUUGUCAGAGGUGUGUGUAGACACACUUGGACAACACCACUUUCCCCGGCUGCCCUACAGUGUUUGAUGGGAAUGCAUGACUGCUCUGCCAUGUGUGUUUAUGUCACUGAACUCUUUGAGUACCAGCACAGAAUAAAGAGUUAAAUGCCCUGGCAUAACCAACGCAUGCACAUUACACUGACAUGCACACACAAAUACACUGCCAGGCACUCACAUCGGCUAUGCUCAAGUAGGUGCAGGUGUAACAAACCAUGAGAUACUGUACUCCUAGGAAAUAUAAAUAAAUGCAUGUGUGUGUGGCUGGAUUUGUGUGGUGUGCAUGUGUGUGUGCCGUGUUGUGACAUUUCUGUCUCUGUAGAACUAGAUUUAGUCAGCAGACUCUUCCCUUGUCUCUGUGUGUGUACGUGUGUUGGUGUGUGUGCGUCUCUGUGCAUUAGGACUCAGGCAGAGAUGGCCCACACUUGCCGUGGCACCAUCUCCCUGACCACGGCACACAUUGAAGUGGGUGACGCGUGCCACCUGGUGCUAACCAGCGGAGGGCGGAGCUACCACCUGAAGGCCACCUCAGAUGGGGAGAGUCAGCGCUGGGUCUCUGCCCUCCAACAGGCUAAGGCCAACGCCAGUCACAUGAUGCACCAAUCGGAUGACUCUGGAGACGAGGCCCCUGUGCCCCAGCCUGACCGAGCCCUGACCCAGGGGGCUCUGAAGACCCUUGCCAGUAAGCUGGACGACCUGAGCACCUGCAACGAGCUAAUCGGCAAGCACGGCGCCGCCCUGCAGCGAUCCCUCAGCGAGCUCGAGGACCUGCGCACGGCCACUGACGGCACCGACAAACUCAAGACUGUCAACGAGCGUGCCACACUCUUCCGCAUCACCUCCAAUGCUAUGAUCAAUGCCUGUAGGGACUUCCUGGACGUAGCAGAGACACACAGCCGGAGGUGGCAGAGAGCCCUGCAGUAUGAGAGAGAACAGCGUCACCACCUGGAGGAGACUAUUGAACAGCUAGCCAAGCAGCACAACAGCCUGGAGAGGGCCUGGAGAGAGGCUCCCAGCACACACCCAGACGGAGGUGAGAGAACGCAGGAGGGUGACGCCAGUGAUGAGAAUGAAGACACAGAGUUCUUUGAUGCCAUGGAGGACUCCCCUGCCUUCAUCACAGUGACCACCUCUGACCACACCCAGCACAGACGCUCCGGCAGUGACCAGAGUAUCAUGAGUGGAGGAUUACCCAAUAGUGAAUGGAGCCACAAUGAGAAUGACUCUGGCUCCAACAACGUCCAGCUGCAUAGAGUUAGACGGAGCCGCAUCCCAAACAAACCCAACUACUCCCUUAACCUGUGGAGCAUCAUGAAGAACUGCAUCGGCAAGGAGCUGUCCAAGAUCCCCAUGCCUGUAAACUUCAACGAGCCCCUGUCGAUGCUGCAGCGUCUAACUGAGGAUCUAGAGUACAGUGACCUGCUGGACCGGGCGGCUCGCUGCGAAUCGUCCCUGGAGCAGAUGUGCCUGGUGGCAGCCUUCUCUGUGUCCUCCUACUCGACCACCAUCCACCGCACUGCCAAGCCCUUCAACCCCCUGCUGGGGGAGACCUACGAGCUGGACCGGCUGGAUGACUUCGGCUACCGCUCCAUCUGCGAACAGGUCAGUCACCACCCCCCAGCUGCCGCCCACCAUGUGACGUCACAACGAGGCUGGACCCUGUGGCAGGAGAUCACUAUCGACAGCAAGUUCAGAGGGAAAUACAUCUCUGUAAUGCCAUUAGGCUGCAUCCACCUGCAGUUCCACUCCAGUGGGAAUCACUAUGUGUGGGGGAAAGUCACCUCCACGGUGCACAACAUCAUAGUGGGCAAACUGUGGAUUGACCAGUCUGGGGACAUUGAAAUAGUCAACCACAGGACCAAGGACACCUGCCACCUCAAGUUUGUCCCUUACAGUUAUUUCUCCAGAGACCUCUCACGCAAGGUGACAGGUGUGGUAGCAGAUAGCGAGGGCACGGCCCAUCACAUUAUGUCUGGUACCUGGGACGACAAGAUGGAGAGCGCCAAGAUAGUGGAGAGUAGCCGGGGAUGUGGAGGGUCAGAGGGCAAACAGAAGACCCUCUAUCAGACCCUCCAGCCCAAAGUGCUGUGGAAGAAAUACACUCUCCCGGAAAAUUCUGAGAACAUGCACUUCUUCUCCUCCCUGGCCCUGACACUGAACGAGCCUGAGGAGGGCGUGGCUCCGACUGACAGCCGCCUGAGGCCCGACCAACGGCUGAUGGAGGCGGGGCUUUGGGACGAGGCCAACGCCCACAAACAGCGUCUGGAGGAACGACAAAGGCUGGAGAGGAGGAAGAGGGAGGCACAAGCUACACAGGUCCUGGAAGAAGGCCAAGACAUCGAGGGCUUCCAGCCACUGUGGUUUGAGAGGAGGACAGAUGAUUCAACGGGGGAGAGCACUUACGUGUACAGGGGUGGAUACUGGGAGGCCAAAGACAAACAGGACUGGAGCCAAAGCCCUGAGAUCUUCUAAGGCUCCACCCUGGGACUGUGACAUCACUGGAGGGCAGAGCUGAGGGACUGAUGGACAAGCAGAGGGAGGGGUCCACAUGCUGCAAACACAUUGACAUGUGGCCAACUCUUUGUCCAUGUGUGUGUAUUUGUGUGUGUUCCAGAAAGACGGAGCCCUCCAUGCCAAACUUCAAGAACAUUCUCUGUCCCCAUCACUGACCAGUGUGUUUCGCAAACAUGGCCUCGUGCGUGCGUGCGUGCGUGCGUGCGUGCGUGCGUGCGUGCGUGCGUGCGUGCGCGUGCGUGCGUGCGUGCGUGCGGCAACAGAGUAAAGUUAGAGAGACAACCUAUUUGAGAUAUUUUGAUUAAGAGUUACAAAAUAGAGCUUUUGCAUGGAAACCCAUAUUUAUUUGAGGUGGUAUGUCUCGUGGUGCCUGGUGCCCCAUUGAUCUGGUAAUAAAGUAAUAGCUACCGUAAGUGUAUAAUAUUAUAGAAUAAUAUUGGGACAAUUGAAUGGAUAAGAAGGGGGGAAAGUGAAAGAGGUUGUGUUUUGGUUCUAGGAUGUCCUGUUCCAGUCUGAGCAACUAUCUCAAUAUAUACCAAGGGUACAAAACAUUAGGAACACCUUCUUAAUAUUGAGUUGCACCACCUGCUGCCCUCAGAACAGCGUCAAUUCGUUGGGGAAUGGACUACAAUGUGUCAAGCGUUCCACAGGGAUGCUGGCUCAUGUUGACUCCAAUGCUUCCCACAGUUGAGUCAAGUUGGCUGGAUGUCCUUUGGGUGGUGGACCAUUCUUGAUACACACAGGAAACUGUUAAGCAUGAAA